AUGACACCACGCGUGCUUCCCGCAACAAACUCUCUCAAUCCUUACCUACAAUACUGGCUUCCACUGUCAAUGAGUGACAAGGCCGUUUUCUCCGCAUUACUCUCUGCUUCUCUUUCACAUCAAAUCAUCAAUCGUCUUCUAGAUGGCGGGGUGUCUCCUUCACUCAGAGAUAACGAAGCCCAGCUUCAACUCUCCUUUAAAGAGACGGUCAGUGCAAUUAAUGAUUCGCUGCGAGAUCUAAACCGUGCGACAUCUGAUGCCACAAUUUUGGCAGUUCUUAUGGCAGUUGAGAAGCCAGAUGUGGAGAUUGACAGACCCUGGUCUAGGGAAUCUCCAUUCCAUGCCCCGCUGCAGGGACUUCAGUGGCUCAAGGUCCACAGUGCUCGGGAGCCUAAUGUUGCGCACCAGGAUGGUCUGUGUAGAAUCAUUGAGCUGCGUGGCGGACUUUUCAACAUCCAGAUGCCGGGUGUCGCGGCGGCUGCUUUCUACCGUGUACUUGUGAACUCAACUCUACUACUGACAAAGCCUGCACUACCUUUCUACCCGCUUUCUGGAGCAUCCAUCGAAUCGCUCACCACGUACACAAUCGAAGGUCCGGCUGCAGAGGCUCGAAUGAACAUUUUGGACGAGGCUGGUCUGAACUCCGAUAUAACAUGUUCCUUAUAUGAGUUGGCGGCAUACACAGCAUCCAUCGAAAGUUACGUCAGAGGAGACACACUACGGCUCGAUGCCCAAGUAAUGUGUGACAGACGCAAUCUUGCUCAGUAUAACUUGAUGUGCAUCGCGCCUCAAACCGGCAUGCAGCAGGAAAGUGCUCUCUCUGAGAUCACUCGAAUAGCCGCGGUCAUUUACAGCGUGGGUGUGACAUUUCCGCUCGCUGGUGUCGGAGCACCAUUCUCGAAGCUCGCGAAACUUCUGAAGCUCGAGAUUGCUGACAGCAAAAUUCUGGAAAUGGCAUCUUUCCGUGAAUCAACCCGUUGCCUGCUAUUAUGGGCCCUCGUAAUGGGCGGCAUCACAGCAGAGGAGUCUGACAAAGCCUGGUAUAUAACAGUCUUGGCAGAUCUAAUAAGCCAAUACCAAUUGACCGACUGGAAACAACUCAAGAGAACGCUCAAAAUGAUUCUUUGGCUUGAUAGUGCAUGUGACAUGGCAGGCAAAGAACUGUACGCUCAGAUAUGCUCUCAAUUGCAAAGGGUGGCCGCUCGUUCGGAAGCAGGGAGAUUGUCCCCAUGUGCGCACUGCAAGGCGAGGAAAGUCAAAUGUGGCAGCGAAAGACCUUGUAAUCACUGCCUCAAUUCUGGUCUCAAUUGUGAUUUGAGAAUCCCAGACAGUGAAAAAGGAGGGGGCACAUCUAUUCAGUUAGGCGGAAGCCUUGUGAGCUAUGCAGGCGAAGACGAGUCCGGUGUGACAAAGGCAGUCCCUGUCAACGGUGUCUGGAUAGUGGCUUAG